AUGUCGACACAAAACUCCACCACAAAUAAUCGUCAAUCGCAUCAGAACACGUCGUCUGCAUCGAGUUUAUCGUCAGUUGCAGAGACGAUUCAAGCGGUAAUCAUGAAUAAUAUUCGACCAUCGAACUCAGCCGAAUCGAUUGUGCCUUCCCCUUCAACAGUAGCAGCAGUUCCGUCAACGGCAUCAGCCUCAGCAGGAGCCGCGAUAACCACAACCACAGCAUCCUCGACAACGAUGACGACGAGCACACCGAGUACACCGUUGUUUAGUCCACCUCGUUUACCGACUUCAAGCCAAGUGGCCAGCACGGUCAACGAAAAGAGACAACGACGCGCGAAUAGAUUGCAUGACUAUUUUGAAAAUGCAAAUAAAUUGGUGGAGAAUGCGGAUACAACGACACCAUUCGACAAUUUAGCUGAUGCCCUGAAACGAUUGUUGCCGUUCAGCGUUUAUAAUGAGCCACAACUCAGCGAAGCGAUUCUUGAUCAAUUUGAUGAGGAUUAUUUGCGGCAUGUUGUGCGUUUAAGCGAACGGAAAAACCAAGUGGAACAGCGAUUGCGUAAUAUUGUUUACAACGAGGCCAUGCGAAUCGUAGACCCAAUCGAAGAGUGUUUAUUGUUGUCGAUGGAGAGUGAAUAUGAGAAGCGGAAAUUGAACGACGAACGUGUGGAGGUAGCGAAUGAUUCAGCAAGUUUUGUUGCGAACUCGGACAUCUGCAAACACAUGAACGAAGAGCAAUGGCUUGCGGCUAAACAAAAGUUCGAGGCACUGAAAAAACCCGAUCAUAUUCUACAUACAACAAGCACAACCGCAGCAUCGGCUUCGUCACCGUUCGCCAAGCAACAUAUUCAUUUCGAUUAUCACCCGUUUAACGAGACCGAGAUUCUGUCAAAAUGUAUGAGUCCGUGGCCGGAUUCCGAUUCCGAACAACGCCCUGAUCGUCGACCACCACCCUCACCUGCACCUUCAACAUCUUCCUCGUCGACAUCCUCAUCAACGCUGUCAUCAUCUGAGACAUCCACGUCUGAGUCUGAAAAUGAAGAUGAAGAGAUGGACGAUAAUGAAACGCUGAAUUCAGAGGAUUCAAAGAAGCGACGAUCAGCAGUGACGGUCAUCAAAAAAGAAAUUGACUUGAAAUUGACGAAACAAUCAAUAAAAGUUGAGAUAGACGACGACACUGUUCACCCGUUGAAUCCAAGUAUAUGCAGUCAGCAGCAAAAAGAGCAACUCUCUGUGGAAAGUGGUGGCAUCAAAGAGAGCGAUUGCAAUGUUGUUGUGCCUCAACCAAAUGACGGUCGUGAAUGUUUGGUUGAGUCGAGUCCAUCACCCGAACUUACCACACAGUCGUCGAUUGCGUCGCCGAAAAAAUCGAAGCACUUGCCGUGUUCGUCGGUGUGCUCAAGCACCGCGCCAACCUCAAGAACGACGACGAACCUAGACGAUACACGACGGCUGCGAACCGCCAUAAUCAGUGCCACUUCGCAGCCAUCUGUCGUGCCCCAAACGAAGUCGCCAGCUGUUUGUGGUGGUGAAUCCCGCAGUGGGAAUGCACCAUCCACUUCGACAUCAUCACGACGAAACUCACCACGUCUAUCGGCCUCACGUCGAAACUCCGAAUCCUGCCCAUCCUCAUCGGAUACCGCCAUAUCACUGUCUUCGCCAAAGCGCGCCUCACUGCCCGUCUCGUCGCCAUCGGCUGCAUCCACCACCUCAUCGUCAUCUGUGGGCAGCGUUUUCGGGAAACGUUUGCCAGCCGCAGCACAGAAAUCAGGAAGUGGUGCUAAAGCAGUGGUGAACAGUGAGAAAAUGGCGGAUCGAGAGUCAUCGACGAUGAGUGCCGAUAGAAAUGACAAGCAAAAGAAGGAGAUUGCCUCAGCGGACGGCAGUUGUCAUGAGCGUGAGAGCACUAGCGUGAAUGCAAGAAGUCAAAAUUCGAGACCAUUCAGGAAAAGGCGAUUUGUUGCGGCGGCAUUGACAACUUCGGUAAAUUCUUCUGGGGACGAUCAAAAUGGAUUGUUCAGCGAACGUUUGACUGAGACGUUAUUAUCAUGCGAAAAUGUCGGUGAGAAUACUGAUAACAUCGAUAACGAUCAACAACAACAACAAAUCGAAAUAUCAUCAUUUAAAAAUAAUGAUGAUAUGGUCGUCAAGUCAUUGCCACCGUCAAAAUCCCCCUGCACUAAAUCGUCGACGCAUGCGAACAGCUUGAGCGAUGACAAUUUAAGCCAACAGCACCAGCAGCAUCACGAACCACCAUUAUUAGCCAGAAAACGACAGUUUCAUUCGAAUUAUUCCGUUUCGUCACCGCUUUCGUUAUCGGAACCUCAGCAGAUCACUCCGAAGCAAGAAGUAUCGGUGAGCAAUGCCAUCCAAUCACCGUCAUCCUCAUCGCUGUCCUCUUCGUCAGUGACCGUAUCGUUGACACAAACUCAGAACACUCAAGCGCCCUCAACUGAAGAGGCGAAUAGCCACAGCUCAACGCUAACAUCCACAACGGUAUCAAGGCGACGGCAGUUGAUUGGCUCCUCGCAGGAACACAAACAACAACAACAACUGAUUGAUCUAUCGCAUACGUCACCAAAAUGUUCGUCGCUCUCACCGCCGCCAUCCAAAAAGAUGGAACCAUCAGCAGUGCCGAAAGGAGAAGAGCAAAAUCAGUCUGUUUCUGAAUUACAGCCUCAGAGGCAAGCAAAAACGACAAAGAGGAAUGCAACUGCUGAGCAAGCGUCGUCAGCAUCUUCGUCAUCAGAAUCGCAGAAGGAAUCGAAUAAACUGGCGAAAUUGCGACAAAACGCGCAGUCACCCGAAUUACCGUUGCGUUCCGUGAAGAUGGAAGAUGUUCUGGAGAAAAUGGAUUUGACCGGUGCUAAUACAACAGAACUGCAGCAAUCGGAAGGUAUCGUCGCGAAAGAAGAGUUGAAGAGUGCUGAUCGUUGUCUGAUUGCUGCCGAUCUGAGUAUGACCGAUGAAAAUAUGUCAUCAAUUCAGAACGACGAAAAAUGCGUUGCCGUUCGGCGGCCAAUAAAAAUCAAAAUCGCAUUCGGAGAAGGGACGUUGCGAAAGCAUGAAGAUAUUGAUGGGUUGAACAAGAAGAAAAAGGAUAAAAAGAAGAGUAAAAAAAGGAAACAUCACGGCGAUCAUCGUCAUCAUCACCAUCAUCACGACAGCAAACAACAUCAAGUGGAAGUUGAAACGAACGAAAUAAUUGCGGAAUGUUCCAAGAAGGUGAAUGAAAUCGAAAAUGUCGAUGAUAAUAAGUGCGAAGAGUUCGUCGCGUCAACCUAUGAUGAUCCAUCACAUUCGCGGAUUUUGAUGCGGAUUUCGAGAAAAAAGAAUCACUCGAAUACUGUCUCACCAACACCGCCACAGCAAAACCAACAACAGCAAAAACAGCAACAACAACAAGUGGUCAUUCCUGCUAAUCACAACAGAAGUAGUGAGUUGAAAGCAAGCAAUUUGAUACACGGCAACGAUGAACAGCCACGAAUACCAAAGUUGAAGAUUCGUAUUGGUAAGAGCAACGAUCGAGAGCAUCACGAUGCAUCGCAAAUCGCAGAACGUCAAACCGACGUGUCCAAGAAAGCAACACGUGCAGUGAUUAACUUCUUCGAUAAGGAGCACUCGAGAGAGUUGAACAUAUCACCCGAUGUGACAUUGUCGCGAAACACGUCUUUACCGAACAUCAUAGCCGAGCCAUGCUCUCUCUCUUCUGCUACUGCUACUACUACUGCUGUUCAGUUCUCACCGCAAUCAGAAGCAUCGGAUGAAGAGGCAGAACGACGACUACGCGCUCAGACUGACAAAGUGUUGAAUCAACUGAGUGGUUGGAGUGGUGGUGGUGCUGGUGGUGGUAGUGGUGGCUAUGAAACGGAAGCUGCUAGAGGAGGGUCGUCAGGUGGUGUAGACACGAAUGUGGCAGCGUGUCUGGGCAGAGGAGCGCAUCUGGCGGGUGGCAGAAUCGGAACACGAACCGAAAUCGGAACAAGAGUGUCCGCCGACAUACAAUUGCCGAUGAUAUCACGUCAGCAGGCACCAAAUCAGAUGUGCUCUCAAAUGAAUCGCCUUCAAAAUAUGGUCAAUAAUUUUGGGCACAGUCAACAAGUGCAACAACAACAACAACGUUGUACUGCUGCUGCAACUACUGUUGCUAUACCAUCAGCAGCAGCAGCAGCAGUGGUAGCUCAGCGAACCAUUCGAGAACGCGACCAAGAGCCAUUCGCACGACUGGUUGGUCGUAGUCCUUUGUUGAAACCAUCAGCGAAUGCCCUCAUCAACAAUCCUCUGGCCGCAUUUAACACGGCCGCAGUGUCACAGUGGCUCUCAUCACAAAAGGCUGUGUUCGGUGUCAAUAUGAGCAAUACAAUGCAAGCUGCUACGAGUAGUAGUAGCAGCAGCAGCACCCAUCAGCAUCGUGCCCAACAACACUACAACAACACCCUGGCAGCACUAUCGCAAUCGCAGCAGUCUCAAGCGUCAGCAUCCAGUUUAUCGCAUUUACAAUCGUUUUUAUCAUCGACCGCCUCCUCGUCGUCGUCAUCGGGUAAUAGUUUAUCGCACCAACAAUUCCAGCAGCAGCAGCAGCAGCAACCGCCAUAUCGUCAGUACCCACAACGCCAUCCAGAUAGUAGUCUGCAAUUGCCCGGUAUCGCUGGCAUUGACAGUUGCCAUAUUCCGAAUGCUCGGCGAAAUAAUUUUAACAGUGGAAACAUUCGAUAA